AAAAAAAAAGUGGAAGAAAAUUCCAAAGCUACAAGAUUCUUGUACUGCAACUUCGACCACUCAGAAUCCAAAUUCAAGAAAAAGAUCCACAAACCAGCUUAAGAAAAUGCAUGGACAAGAAGAACCCAGAAAUGAAAAUCCAAACAACGACAUGAUAAUAUUGAAGAGUCUUUUCCGCGCCGACUGUUUCACAAUGGUCAUGUUGAUAAUCAGCUUCGGCCCAAUUGCUUUCCACCACUUGCAGAGCACGGACUUGCUCUUCCCAUUGUUGACCUCCAUAUCAACUUGUGCAGUUGUGACUUUCUUGUGGCAAUGGUUCAUCUUCUUCAACCCUUCAAAAGCCAUCGGAAUUGCCUUUUCUUGGCGCAAAAUCCUAACUUUAGUAGUUUGGGUUUUUCAAGGAAUCUUCGAACCAGGCGUACUUGCCAAUACCAUCGUCCCCCCCAUCACUCCCGGCCAAAUUCGAUACGCCAAGCGGAUUUUAACGGCAUCCAUGGCCAACCCAAAUCUUAUCCCUAUUUCCAACAUAAACUCCAUUCUAAUCCCAUCAAUGGUUUUGGGUUUGCUUUCUUCCAUUUUGUUCGUUUCUAUCAAUAUUCUACUCAUUGAUGCCGACAGGUUCUCUACGUUUGUCCGAGUAAACUUGCUAUUUGCAAACUUGCUACACGUCUUUUUAAUAAUGCAAGUAAUCAGUAACAUAAUAGUGGUUACAAUCACAAGAAUCAAGUACAUGAACCACACGAGGAGAAGGGAAGCCAUGGAUCCUCUCCCACAGCUCCGGAACACCCUUAGAAACUUCAGGGGGAACAUAUUUUUCGGCUCAGCAGCGGUCCCAGUUCUUGAACUCAUUCACGUAUUUGGUCGAACACUUAGCCUGCUUACGAGAGUCAUCGACUUUGGUUUCGAACGAGCACCUGAGUAUAUAAAUAGAUUCGAGGGGUUGGCUCGGGAGAUGACAAUGGAGUGGAACUACUGGGGUUUUGUUCAUGUCGGAGCCUACAAUAUGGAAAUUGGUCGGGCUACUGCUGGGACAAUGGAAAUGUUUAGUCAAACUUUUGGGUUGGCAAGAUUGAUCGGAUCUGAUCUAACGGGUUGUUUCUGCUUUGUUUGUGGUGUUGGUGGGGGAGCGAUUUGCAGUCUGGUUGGGUUCGCAAUUAUGGAGAGCUAUCCAAUGCAACUUUUACUUCAUAAUUUCUUCAUUGGGUAUCUCAUGAGUCGGAUAGCUAUGGCUUGGCCACAUGCAUGCGUUAUUGCUUAUUACGUGGCUUAUGCAGAGAACCCAGAAAACUUUGAAAAUGAUACAACUAUUCCAGACCGCAUUGAAGAGCUACGGAGACUUGUUGACGAUUAAUGAAAAGCACAAAGCUGAGAACAGUCGUAGAAAAUUUCUUUGAUUCUUUUAAUUUUUUUUAUUUUUUUGGGGUUAAUUUUCUUUUAU